AUCAAUAUAUAUAUAUAUAGAAAGGUCGUUGAGUAAUGGUGAAGUCAGAGGUGAAGACCCAAUCUGAAGCAUCCAAGGCAAUGUCAUCAUCAUCAUCUUUAUCACCAACAUCACAACCAUCAUCGUCGUCAUCGUUGAAGAAGAAGUACAAAGGAGUUAGAAUGAGGAGUUGGGGUUCAUGGGUAUCUGAGAUUCGAGCUCCAAACCAGAAGACUAGAAUCUGGCUGGGCUCCUAUUCAACCCCUGAGGCUGCUGCUAGAGCUUAUGAUGCUGCACUCUUAUGCCUUAAGGGCUCCUCUGCUAACCUCAACUUCCCUCACUCUGCUUAUUCCACUACCUCCCCUCUUAUUCCUUCUCAUGCUGCUGCUACUACUGCCACUGUCAUGUCCCCUAAGUCCAUCCAAAGAGUAGCUGCUGCUGCUGCUGCGACUACUACUACUACUACUGAUGAACACACUCAAGCUCACCCGUCAACAUCAUCUUCUCAUUCAUCUAUGUCAUCUUCCCCUUCUCAGUCAUCCUCGCCACCACCCUCUGACCAACUCAUUGAUGAUAUCAUCUCUCUUGCAGAUGAUCCCUAUCAUCCAACUUUUGAUGACAUCAAUAAUGCUGCCUCAUCCAUGGUUAUGAUGAAUAAUGACUACCCAUGGUUUGAUUUAUUUCCUAAACACUUGGAUCCUGUGAUGAUGAACUCCAUGUUCUUCAAUCCCCCAUCCAUGAAUAUGAUGGAUAUCGAGCAGCUAUACGAUGAUGGGGAUAUUCCCUUGUGGAGCUUCCGCUGAUCAAUCCGUUCUAUUUUUCAUCUAUUCCCACAUUUCAUUAUUCUUUUUUCCCCAUCUUCCAAUUCAUUUCAAUCACUAGUUGUUCUUGCGCCAAGGGCCAACUUGAGGACACCACUAACAAUUACAUCUUAUAUAUAUACACACACAUUAUAUGUUAAUCUAUGUACUGUAUUCGUUUACGGAGUAACUAGUACUCCUUCGAUUUUAGCGUAUACAACUAAGCUAGAAAAGGGGGAAAAAAUAUACUUAUAUUUAUGUUUACAUUUGAGGUCUGGCAUUUUUUUCAGCCUCGUAUAUAUAUUUGAAUUGUAAUGUGCAAAGUUUCACAAAUAAUUCAUUAUUUGUAUUUGUAAGAGCAUUGAAUUAACUUGGUUGUAAUGUUUAUACAAGUAUUCAUAC